GCAGCUCGCUGGUGUUGUGACAAGGCUGUGCUGAGAAGGGAGAGCAACACCUAUCUCAUACCUGGGCGUUGCUGAUUACACAAAGGAGGCGAGUAGGCAACAUCCAAGGAUAUUUUCUAGAUUAAUUAUUUUGGCAGUCAGCUCGACAAUAUUGUAGUGGCAGAUUCACAUUUGAACUCAACCUUAGGAUGGAUCUUGCUCCUUUCAAGCUGGAUAUUGACGAGCUGCUAGAUGAUUAUGCCAAGGAACAUUGCACGUCAUUCACUGAUUUCAAGAGAGCGUGGAUGGCCAAGAAGUUCUCUUAUAUCUAUGAAGGCCGACCCAAGACCAACUCGGGUGUUUUCAUGCAGUCCCUCUUUUUGCAUUGUAUAGGCCAUAUGGCUUCCCAAACUUCUCUAUCUCAAAGGUUGGCAGGUCUUUACUGCCUUUACUGUCUUUAUGAGUGCCAACCAUACAAGCCACACUUCAAAAUUUAUCUGUCUCUUGAGGAGUCCAAGCAACUCAAAGAGUUCAUCACGGAGGCUAAGCAGAGAGGAAUUGGUCUUGUACCAUCACUUGUCAAAAGGAUGCUAGACAAAGGCAUGUUUUUGUUUGGAUUCAUCAAUUUGCUUGGUGACCAUGGGGCCAAGCAGGUUGACGAAUUGAAUGCAUUCCAGACUAAACGGGUGAAAUUUGCCUGUGACAAGUUGUUUGCAAAUACUCAAAUAGGGAGAUACACACACACUGACUUGGGUGAGGAGCUUGAACUUGAUACCAUCAAGAAAUUGUCAAUGGACUAUGCUAAAGCCAAAGAAUUGGCGUUGACAGAGGUAAGCCAAACGGUUGAUGUGGAAAAUGCCAAGCACAUCCUUCAGAAUGACAAACUGCUGGGCGACAGGGUAGAGGAAAUCGUGAAAGAGUGGGAUGCCCAGAAGGAAGAAUUCUACCAGAACACUGGUGUGUCUCCUGGUGAUGAACUGGCAGUGGUUGACAAUGACGAGCCAGAAGAAUUCCCCUAUGAAAAUGAUAGCCACGCUGAACUGGCGGUGAUUGACAACGACAAUUCAGGAGAAUUCUACGAUGAAAACGAUGGAUUUGAUGAGUUAGAUCAGCUUCUGCUGGAAUGAGGAGCUUCCAUUAGACUGAAGUACUGCUGUUCUGCUGUUCUGCUUGUAUCCCUGCUCGUGCCAUGGUGUGGCAACAUGAAAUCGAUCACAGUCAUUUGGCUGACGUGGGAUCUUGAAACCGUUUAUUACCAUAACAUUGUUUGCAAGGAAAAACUUCCAUAAAUAGUUCUAAUUUGGCGAUUUUUUCAUGUAGCAUGUAUGUGGUCUUCUGAUUCUUGGAAUGUAGCAUUUUACAUGCUUUUAUAGUUCUAUUUA